CUUGACCAUUUGCGAGUAUAAGAAAUGGUGAAUAAACGGCAAAGUAGACCGAGCGGGGUAGAUAACAGAAACCAGCGGCCAACAAAGCAACGGCGAGUGAGCUCAAAUGGAACUAGCUCCUCAGCGAAGCGUCCAAGGAGUGAGUCGAAAAGCCAGAGUACAUGGGGUGUUUCCAGCAGUGCAGCGGGGUCAGCACCAGCUCUGAAAGUGAAGGGCAAGCGGUCGUAUUUGGAUGUAUACGAGGCGUCCGAUGACGAGGAGGACGAACGCCGCAUUUUGGCCAGACGAGGAGGUGGUGGAGGUGCGGUUGGACGAACAAUGGAUGACGUAGAAAACUAUGAGUAUCAUGUGGACACCAUUGACGAAGAAGAUGACGAAGAAAUCGACGAAGAUGAAGCUUUUGGAGAAAGCGACGAGGAAAAGUACGCGAGCUUUUUUGCGGAUAAGGGGGCCAUAUCUACCUUGAAGUCUCACUCUGCAACAAACAUUAUGUCUGAAGGGGAUGAAAACGAUGAUGAUGGCGACGAAGAUGAUGAGGACGACGAAGAGGAAGAUGAUCCUGAAGCGUACAUGGAUCUUUCGGAAAUGUUAGGAUCGGACACGAAGUCCGCCACGAAGUCCGACGUACCCGCUAGAAAACAAGCUUUUGACACUCUGUUGCCGAGUCAUCAGGAUGAAUUCGAGGAGGAUGGUUCAUUUGAUGAUUUGGGGGAUGAAGAUGAGGAAGAGGACGAGGGCGAGACAAUGGACGGUGAAGACAUUGUAGAUGGAGGGGCCAGCAAUGAUGAGGAAGACCUAGCUGAGCGCUUAUCGUCCUUUGUUCAAUCCUUGGAUGGAAAGAAGGAAAGGACACGAAGGCGUGUUGUGAGUCAAACAGAGGGAGGCGAGGAGUCGGAGUAUAAUUUGGCCGCACAUGAUACUACUGCGGCAGGUGGGUCUAGCUCGCGACGGAAGAUAGGUCUGGAGGAUUUGAUGGGCUCUCUUGGAGAUGAGGCCGGGUUCGCCACCCUUAAGAAGCAGCUUGCAGUGCUCGAAAAGUCAACCAGCAAACAGAUGGCCACUAUUGCCGCUCCGCUACCGAAACGUGUCCAAGACCGAUACGAUCGCCAGGCAGCCUAUGAAGAAACCAAAAAAGAGGUUUCUAAGUGGGCACCUUUAGUCAAGAAGAAUAGGGAGGCGGACCAUUUGACCCUUCCCACGACGGACUUAUCUGCCGUUAAUAAUUCCAGUGGGGCCUUGGUUGGGAAGUUUAAGGCAUCGACCAGCCUUGAAUCGGAGGUCCAAAAGAUCUUGGAAGAGUCAUACCUCCUGGAGAAGAAACAAAAGGAAAUGGAAGAACUCGAGCUCAAGAAGAUAUCCAAAGAAGAGUUAAUGGAGCGACGUGCGGAGUUGGCAAAGAUGCGAGCGCUGCUGUUCUUCAAAGAACAGAAGCAAAAGAAGAUCGCCAAAAUAAAAAGUAAAGCCUAUCGGAAACUUCGUAAGAAGGACAAGAUUAAGGAAGACUUAUCUCUGGAGGAACUGAAGCGAUUAGACCCGCAACUUGCUGAGCAAGAGAGGGAUAGAUUGGAAACUGAGCGCGCGAGAGAGCGGAUGACAUUGAAGCAUAAAAAUACUGGAAAAUGGGCCAAGCAAAUGCUAAAUCGAAAGGACGGCGACCCUGAAACUCACAGAGCGGUAAUGGAGCAGUUGGACAAACAUGAAGCCUUGAAACGACGAAUAAAAGGGUUCGAGUCAGAUGAAUCGGACUUCGAUGGUUCUGAUGAGGAGAACUAUGAUGGCAAUUCGGAAGUUGACGAAGAGGGUGUACGUCGAAAAGCCCUUGCCUCUUUUGAUAAGAUUGAAGAGGAGAUGGACCAGGACGAGACAAAUGCGCCCAAGACUGGCGUUUUUGCCAUGAAGUUCAUGCAGCGGGCACUUGAUAAGCAGAAGCGAGAAGCGCGAGAUAGUCUUGAGCAAGCGCGCCAUGGACUUCGUGAUGAUUACGUUGACGACUCUGGAAAUGAUGAUUCCGAUUCUGAUCAAAAUGCAAAGGAAGAAGUCCAAGAAGGGGGAAUCUCUAUCGCUGGUAAUGCCGGUCGCAUGUCGUUUGAUACCAAAAAGACAAGACCCGGGCAAAUUGACUCAAGAGUUGACGAGGAUUCGGCAUUCGAAGACGGCGAUGGAUAUAGCGUACGUGCGACGCAGCCCAUCAAUAUUGGCAGUAAGCAGAACAUGGCCUCGACGGUCCCAGCUCAAUCCCCGAUCUUCCAAGUUGAGUCUUUCGAGAUCGAGGAAGUGCACGAUACAGUUUUCACCGGGACAGUAAACCGAACAAAUGUCGCAACUAGCACGUCGAAGUCUAUACGACAGACAGAGCACACAUUGUCUCCUGAUGCACAAGAUCUGCCGAUGACACCGGCGUCUGACGACCGCGCACUGAACAGUCCACCGAGCGACUCCGAAUCUGAACAAGAGCAAGUUACUCCCGUCACCCGUCGCAGCAAUCCAAGGAAUGAGGAUGAAGAUUCAAUAAAUCCAUGGCUCGCGGCCGCUGAUGAUACAAGAGCGGUCCUGAAGAGCACGCAUACUGUUACCUCCACCAAAGGUGGGAAAACAGAGAAAGCGCUGGAGAAACUCUCCCAGAAGCGAAAACAUACCAGGCAGGCAGAGUUGACCAAAGCCAUUGGAGAUGUGCAACUCAAUUUGGAUGGUGUUCGGGCAAUGGAGGUAGCGGCAUCCUCGUUUGAUUCUCAAAUAGAUCCAAGUGAGUCUAUACCAGCUGCACUACCUGCGCACGCUUCAACGACCAAAGCACGGGAUAGUAGUAAGCUGAAAGCCUCGACGGUGACUGCUACUGCACCAAUUUUCGAAGAAUCCGAUGGGGACAGCGACUUCGAGGGCAAUGGACAAAUGAAAAUCAUCCACUCGUCCUCUCUCAAACACAUGAAAGAUCUCUCUCACCGAGAACUCAUGCAAAUGGCCUUUGCCAACGAUGACCUUGCUGCCGAAUUCGAAGAAGAAAAGCUGCUUGCAAUAGAUGAAGAAAAACCCAAAGAAGAAGAUCUAACACUUCCUGGAUGGGGUUCUUGGGGUGGAAUUGGAUUGCAGCCUAAAAAGCGUGUUGUUGUGAAGCCUGCCAAACCUGGUCAAGGUGUUGACGAAGCCAAGCGGCAGGAUGUGAAGCUGAAGCACGUAAUCAUAAAUGAAAAGCGAAUGAAGAAGGCUGUAAAGUACAUGGCGCCAGCUGUUCCCCAUGGGUUUGAUAAUAGAGAGCAGUACGAACGAACGAUUCGUGCUCCUUUAGGCAAAGAAUGGAAUGCAGCCAGUGCUCAUGGUGGCAUGAUCAAACCGAGAGUGCAGACAAAAUUGGGCACAGUCAUUGCUCCACUGCGGUUCACAGGGCCAAAGGCAAAGAAGAAGGGGGCAAAGGGCAAAGUUUAACCUUGUAUUUAACUGGGGCUACCAGAGAUGAAGGGAUUCUGGUACUGCAUGUAUUAUUAUCAAAAAAGAUUUAAUUGGAGAGAUACCUUAAACAUGC